CAAUGCGCAGUCUCUCCGCAGUCCUCCGCUCCGAGCGCUCGCCUCUCGCAUCCACGGCUCCAUGGCAGCUCCGCUCGUCACUCUCGACGAGGAAUGGCAGGAUUUCUACGAGUUGAAGCCCGACCGGGCUGGGGAAUCGGGGCAGCUGGAAGAGGAGAACCUGAACGAGCUGGGCUCGGUGAGAACGGCGGAGGUCUCCCACCUUGAAGACCUGAGCGAGCUGGACAAUUUCACCACGGAGAUCAUGAGCUUCAAGUCCAUGGAGGACCUGGUGAACGAUUUCGACGAGAAACUCAACGUUUGUUUCCGAAAUUACAACGAGAAGACGGAGAAUUUGGCCCCGGUAAUAAAGCAGACAGCGGAAGAAGAGGAAGGAUUGAUCAGGGAUGAUGAGAUCUGGGAUGCUCUGACUGACAACUACAUAACAAGUACAGCUGAGGACUGGAGAACAGCACGGCUUCAAGAACUCAACAUGAACCUCUCCAACAUGGAGGCAAGUGACAAGGAUAGCAUCACCGAGGAUGGAGAUUUAAUUGAGAAGUUGGACAUCAUCGUGUCCUCCACAAGUGAGGAGCCUCUCUUCACAGCUGAGCAGGUCAUUGAGGAGAUUGAAGAAAUGAUGCAGAAUUCCCCUGACCCUGAAGUGGAAGAGACUCCAUCACAGUCCGACAAGCUCUCUGUCCUCUCACUGGAGGUACAAGUAUUGAAACCAUCCAGAUGCAGUAACAAUAACAUUCUGACAGAAGAUGUGAAACUAAUGACAGAGGCCGAGGUGGGGGAACUGUUGGUACAGAUUGAAUUAGCCAUUAAAGAUUAUUCAGAGGAGCUGAUACAGCAGCUGGCAUUGCGCGAUGAGCUAGAGUUUGAGAAGGAAGUGAAAAACAGCUUCAUCUCCAUACUCAUUGAGGUGCAGAACAAACAGAAGGAGCACCGGGAAUCAAUGAAGAAGAAAAAGAAGGACAAAGGUGGGGUUCCACCGAGCAUCCGACAGGAGAAAGCAAACCGCAUGCCUGUGAAGCGCUUCAGCAUGGAAGGAAUCUCCAGUGUCAUCCAGAGUGGCAUUCGACAAACCUUUGGAAACUCGGGCAAUGAAAAACAGUACCUAACUACAGUGAUUCCUUAUGAAAAAAAGAGCACUCCUCCAACUGUUGAGGAUCUUCAAAUACUGACCACAAUUCUUCUGGCUAUAAAGGAGGACAGUGAGAAGGUUCCAGUUUUACUGACUGACUACAUUUUAAAAGUUCUGUGCCCAACAUAAACCAAUGCAUUAUCCCCGUGGAAGCCAGGAUUGGCUGGGCUGCCAGAUUCCCGCUUGCAGACCGCACCUCAUGGCCAAAAUAAUGUCCAGAUAUGCUAACCACAUGAAACUGUCUCCAUCAACCAGAAGACUGGGCACAGCCAAUUGAAAGAAAUGUGGUUUCUUAAGCUUUGGGAAAGGUUUUGUAAAUAAUUUAUUUUUAAGCGUCAACCAACAUUGGAGUUGGCAUCAAUAAUCCAAUAUCAGAAAUCAUCAACAAAGAAAAUGGAAACUAACGAACAAUUUAGCUAUACUUAAUAUGUCAUGGCUUCAUCAUUGGGUAUGCUGUGCGCUGGGGUAAUGGAAAUUCAGGCCCGUGUGUAAUGCAGCGGCCCUUAGUCCGCUCCUGGUUUGGGAGACUUCCAGUAAGAAUUACUACAGUUCCAUCCAUGCUGAGUCAGCUCCACUUACUUGGAGGAAUAUGCAGAGGGGAAGGAGAAGAGAUUUGGCAGUCUUACCAAAGGCACAAGGCCACCAUUUAUAGCUCUUACAAUGUAUUGCAAUUCUAAAGUAGUAAAUAGAAAUCCUCAAUGAAAUAAUUUGAAAUUUGGUCUUAACCAGAGAGGAACAUUGCUGGUUGUGCAUCCAAGUCCUGAGAAGGAUCAACAGGCCAAAUAAUAGUAUUAAAAAGGGUUUCCUGAUGACUUCUGGUAACUGCCAUCUCGUGACAUCAUUGCUGGGAAAAGACAUGUGCUAAGGUAGAUGGAAAAAUUUGUUUGAAGUGCAGUGUUUAUUGAUGCACAGAUCCCUAAUGGUACCAGCUAUUUGUUGGUGUGGUGCUGACUACAUUUGUACCUGAUUGAUCAUGCAUUGAAAUCAUUAAACAUGAUUAAUGAAAUUGUUUACAAUUUCAGGAUAGUAAUCUCCAACGGCGGGCUGAAGGGCCUUGUUGAAGUGGUAGGCACUGCUAAAUCAUAGUGAUAAGUGUACACCAUCCAGUAUUUAUGCAGUCUUCAUGGUUGCUCAUCAAGCACAAUGUACAUUAAACCAGUCAGGUGUGAAUAGAAUGAUCAGCCAAUCAGCACUGCUAACAACCGCAAGAUGAAAUCCAACUGUAACAUCAUUUAACGUGGAAUCCAGUCCAGGUGCUUCCCUGGUUAACACUGUCCUCAACAAUUUCCCUGUUACCCUGCUGCAGCCAGCAGCCACGCCUUUGUGGUUAGUCCAAUGAAAAGCCUGGUUUCUAAGCAUGUCUUAUUUGCUUUGUUAUUCUUUAACAGCCAUUAGCUAUUUUCUCUGUUACAUAUCCUGAAGUAAAUUGUCAUCUUCUUAAAUUGACCUUUCUGUAUGGUGCCAUGUUUAUGAAGAGCACUUUUUGGCAUGUCUUCUCUCUUUCUGGUGCCAUGUAUGUGAGGAGCCCUCUUUAUAACCUGCAUCCUCUGUGAAGUGCUCCUUCACUGUAAGCAGCCUCUCUGAGAUAGCCUGCCACCACGGGGUGGCCUUUCUCUAUCUGGUGUCGCUUUCCCUAAGCUCCAGAUUCUCUACUUUUCUCAAGUCAUCAUUCAGUUAAUCUAUUUGAUUUUAAAUGAGAGCAGCAACAAGGAGGAUCAACUUUUUCAGCCCUGCGGCUGGCAUUAAACCCCUUAAUUCCAAUUCAACAGCAUGAGCCAAUCCAAGAUUUUAACCCAGUGGAAACUCAAGAGGAAGUGGCCUGUCCAUCAGGGUAAUAAUGGGAUACUUUGAGAUCACAGUUCUGUCUCACUUCAAGUGGUCUCGAUGCACUGCUUUGGUUUCAUUGGAGAGUUUCCCUUCAUAAUACAGGCUGAAUGUUUUCCCUAGGGGGUGUCUGUUUAUUUUACAAGAACCGUGCACAUAAUGGGGUUGCCACAGCAUCAAAGCUGCAGGAUUGUGGUUACCAGGGAGGAGGAAAUGAAAGGAAAGGUGCCAGCUUUAUAGCACCCUAAUUCCUAACUCAUGUGAUAAUAUUAUUUUACACAGAGCUGAGUUGACACAGCAAUACUGAUGGCAUCUAUACCUGGGAGAAGACACACUGUGGAAUCUCUGGGACUGGUGCAAAUGGGAGAGUGUGAGGGGAGAGUUAUCCGUAAUCCCAAAUAAAUUCAUUUCCAUUCAGACAAAGCAACAGUUGCUUUCUGACUGCCAGUCCCUGAUCCUCAAUGUUUUGCAUCUUCUUGCCUGAGAAACCAAAAUUAUUUUUAAGACAUGUCCCUGCCUUAUUGUAUCAUCCAUAUCUGAAUGGUUAAGGUAAAUGGUUCAGCACAGUAAAUAUCAUUUAUUUAGUGGUUCUGAAGAGAGACUUGUACCCUGAUUCUGCUCAUUGUUCAGUAUUACCUCAUUGGUGUUCUAAUUAUUUGUGUAUUUAUUUCCCAAGAUGAAUACAGUUGAUAUUAAAAGGAAGCACAGCACAUAGGCGGUGAAUUUACAGCACAUGGGCCUUUGAAAAGUCCAACCUUACAACCUACAUUUUUCAUUCCUGGUCAUUUUGUUACUUUGGUUUGAUUUUUCUUCAAACCAAAUAUCUAAAUAACCUUCAAACAUUUUAAGGGUUGCAGUGCUUCACUGUGUAAAUCUUGUGGGAGACAGACCUGGAAAUCUGGAUUCUCUCCCCCCCAGAAGGUUUUGAGGUUGGGUUUAAAAAUUGAUAUCAACAUUUGGUUUUGUUAGGCUAAGGGUUUAAAAGGUUAUGAAAAGGCAAAUGGAUGAGAUUAAGAUACAGGUUAGUCACGAUCUGAAUUGAUUCAACUGACUGGCCUGGUCCUUGUUAAUGUGAAUGUAGGGUACUAAAUUUCAUGGUGCAAGUAUGCUUUACUCACUGAAACAAGCUUUUGGUUGCUACAGUAUACACAGACUGAUUGAGAAAGCCACUCUUGUGAUAAGGAGACACCAUCGAUUUCAGUUCUUGGUCAUGUCCUCAUGCAGAGAUGAAUGAGGUGAAUGUUCAAAAGGCUCAAACAGCAUCAUGAUCAAAGCGAACUUAAAACUUUAAUCACUGUGCUUAAUGGGAGCAGCUUAGAAUUCGGACCUUGCAACACUAAGGAAAUGAAUGGCACAUUGAGGGUAAUUUUGAUUCUCUCUACACACCCAGUUUCAGGUAGUUUCUUGUACCUGCCUGUGAGGAAUAUAUGUCCAACAUGGGAUCACAGCAUCUCCCUGUUUUAGAUACCCACAAUCAGGAGUGCAUAGGGUAUACAAUAUAUUUUGUAGACACCAACCAGCACUUAGAAUAAACAGUGGGGACCUGCUCAUAAUCUUGACCUGAUACAGGCUCUGGAACAAAUUGCAGGAUUGCUUUUCAGAAAUUUGAAAUGUCAUGAGGAGAGGGAGGAAAGGGGUUGUUUGCUGAGAGUGAUGCAUUUUUUGUGAAGAGUAGCAGUUGUGUCACCCUGCAUUUUCCAAAGCAAUAGCUGUUCUAGAAGUGUAAAAGGAGUAUUACUAUGUUUGUAAUUUAAGCUGUCCCAGUCCCGAGCCCAGGUACUAGAGUAAAAUGGGUGCUCCUCCAUCAUUGAAAUAUGUGACCAGACAAAAUUCAUACAAGGAUAUUAAUAGUUAUAAAACCCUGUGCCAAUCCUCAAUCCCACAAUCAACAUUUGUGACUUGUGAUUUAUCCUAUUUUAAAUGACUCCAUGUGAUUUGUAGCAAAUCCCAUAUCAUUUGAAAAGGAUAUCUGUUUGUAGAAUGGAAGGCACAGAGAACAGUCACAACAAUCUUCUGAUCCCCAGUGGUGGAAUCUAAGUACUGCAGUUUAAACUGCACAUCCAAUAAACAGUUAAUCCAUGUAAGAAAACAUCUCGAAUAAAGCAAGUUCUGGGAAGAAAAAUGAAGUCGGCACUUUGGAUGUCAGCUCUCCAUGGUAUGAACCUCUAUCCAAAAGUCUGCACUAAAUCAUUAACUCAUGCUGGGCAACCUGUUAUGUCACUGCAGUAGUUUCUAAUUUUAUUUCUCAAAGAUAGGUGGUUGUUAUCAGUGAAGAGGGGCAGCAAUUGAACCUUGUGUAAAUAAGGAGACAGGAAAUAUAUCUGAAUUGGCCAUUAAGUGCUUGUAUUUCUUUGAUAAUGAAGAACACUAAUAUUGAUCAAUGUUCUUUUUAUAAAUAUGGUGAAAGAAUGGAACAAAUGUUUGCCUUACUGUCUUCCUGUAACAAAAUGUACACAACUCCCAGUGUUCCUCCUUUAAAGAGACAAUACCUUUUUUUCCCCGUUUGUUUGUUGAACCAUCUGGUCUUCCUCUCCAUCCCUCAUUCAUAUUGUUGAAUUAUUUCACAGGGUAGGACGCUGUAAUGUCCACGCACCCUUUUGUGCCACCUUUCACUUGACGCAAGAGAAUUUUGCUGUAGUCAUAUCUGUGGCAGAUUCCCUUGGAUGUCAAAGUUCACAGUCUGAACCAUCAGUGUGCCAAUUAUUAACCUACCAUUUGCUUGCCGUUUAGUCAAUGAGACACCUCUGCCCCAUUUCCUUCCCUCACAUCUACCAACAGCUGCCUGGCUGGUCAGUUUGAGCUGUUCAUCUCUAUCUGUCCUUCACCGCUCAACUCUGGAGUAUCAUUCAAAAAGUUCCAGUAUUCAACGGCCAUUGAAACAGGCUGAAUGGAGUGUGAAGUGGGCCAAAUAGACUUCGAUUAAAUUAUGAGGUGUUUUCUCUCUCAACUUCUGUCGUGGUUUAUAGAUAAAUUAGUUUAAAUUUGUUCUGUUUUUAAAGAUGCAUUUUUGAACCUUAUUUCUUUCCCCUCCCCUGGAUAAGAACAGUAGUUAUUAUGUGGGGAAAAUGGAUGGAAGAAGUAUUUCCAUUACAGAAAUGAAUCUCUGUAUCUAGGUUAGGUAUCAUGGUGUCAUCUAGAGCAAGGAAAGUAAGACAUAACUACUUGUUAAAGCCUCCAAGGAUAGAUAUAAUCCAAACUUGUGGUUCAAAAAGAAAAAAACGUGAUAUUGUCUCUUUAAAAUAUUGUUCUAUAAUUAAUGUAUGUCAAUUUAUUGCAAAGUAUGAAGUUGUAACUGAAAAUGCUAAAAUGAUUGACAAUAAAGGUUUGCAAUGUUUUAUAUA